UCCUGGUUGGGUCAAGUGAAGUCUGAGAGAGAGAGAGAGAAGAAAUCAGAAAUGGCGUCCAAAGCUCCAAAGAAAGCUAAUCUCUUAGAUCACCAUUCCAUCAAGCACAUCCUCGAUGAGUCUGUCUCUGAGGUUGUAAUGAGUCAUGGGUAUAUAGAAGACGUGAGAUUGAGCAAUGUGAGGCUGUUCAUUGGGACCAUCAUCAUUGUCAUUGCUCUCUUCGCCCAGUUUUACAAGAAGAAGUUCCCUGAAAACAGGGAUUUUCUCAUUGCUUGCAUCGCCUUGUAUGUAGUCUUCAAUGGGUUAUUGCAGCUGAUCAUAUACACCAAGGAGAAAAAUGCCAUUCUGUUUACUUAUCCUCCUUCUGGAUCCUUUACCAGUACCGGUUUGGUAGUUUCCUCCAAAUUGCCUAGAUUCUCUGACAUGUACUCACUUACCGUUGCAAGUGCUGAUCCAAAAUCAAUUUCUGCAAAUGAACCAGUACAUUUUACCAAAAGUGUUACUCAGUGGUUCACUAAGGACGGAAUCUUGGUGGAGGGCCUCUUCUGGAAGGAUGUUGAAGCUUUGAUAGUUCAAUAUACUAAAGAACCAAAGAAGAGCAAGUAAUGUGGAGUCAUGAUCUUGGUUCAGCAGAGUACUUUUUGGAUGAGAAAUAUAUAUCCUGGAUAUGGUUUAUAAUUCUAUACAUUUUCAACAUUUGAUAUAGAAUUGAGGGAAUCGAGUUUUAACCAGCAUUAGAACACAAUUUAUUCCCAUAUUUCAUCAGUUUAUUUUGUAGAAAAAGGUGGAACCUUUAUUUUCAUUUAAUUUCCUAAAGACGAUUAAUAGU